AUGCUAUCCUAUACAUCAAGAACAGUACAGGGUGUUUGUAAAUUAGUAUCAAAGCAGCAGCAGUUACUGCCAACCCCAGCUGCUGCAGGUAUACUGUCGAAUAGCUACACGACUGCUACACCACCACCACCUCCACAGCAACCAGCAGCACAACAGCAGGUUCAGAACUCCACCAUCAGAACAUAUGGUGGUCUUAAGGACAAGGACCGUAUCUUCACAAACCUCUAUGGUGAGCACGAUGUCUACCUAAAGGGCGCUAUGCAAAGAGGAGAUUGGUACAGGACAAAGGAUAUUAUAAACAAGGGAGUGGAUUGGAUAUUAAAGGAGAUGAUGGCAAGUGGACUUAGAGGAAGAGGUGGAGCUGGUUUCCCAUCGGGCCUCAAGUGGUCCUUCAUGCCAAAGGUGUCGACUGGACGUCCACAAUACCUGGUGAUCAACGCAGAUGAGGGCGAGCCCGGCACGUGCAAGGAUCGUGAGAUCAUGCGUCACGACCCACACAAGCUGAUCGAAGGCUGUCUGAUCGCAGGUUUCGCAAUGAGAGCCUGCGCUGCCUACAUCUACAUUCGUGGCGAGUUCCACUACGAAGCCAAAGUCCUUGAGAGAGCCAUCGAUGAGGCCUACAAGGCUGGCCUGUUGGGACCAAACGCAUGUGGCACCGGCUAUCAGUUCGACGUCUACGUGCAUCGUGGCGCUGGCGCCUACAUCUGUGGUGAGGAGACCGCUCUGAUCGAAUCACUGGAGGGCAAGCAAGGCAAGCCCAGAUUAAAGCCACCCUUCCCCGCCAUGUCCGGUCUGUACGGCUGUCCCACCACUGUGACCAACGUCGAGACGGUGGCCGUUGCACCAACCAUCUUGCGUCGUGGCGCCGCAUGGUUCGCCGGCUUUGGUCGCCCAAAGAACUCUGGCACCAAGCUCUAUUGUAUUUCAGGACACGUCAACAACCCAUGCACUGUUGAGGAGGAGAUGAGUAUGCCACUGCGCGAGCUCAUCGACAAGCACUGCGGUGGUGUCAUUGGCGGCUGGGACAACCUGCUCGGCAUCAUCCCCGGUGGCUCGUCUGUGCCCGUCCUACCCAAGUCCAUCUGUGACGACGUACUCAUGGACUUUGACGACUUGCGCCGCGUCCGCUCCGGUCUCGGCACUGCCGCCGUCAUCGUCAUGAACAAGCAGACCGACAUCAUUGCCGCCAUUGCGCGUCUCUCCAAGUUUUACAAGCACGAGUCGUGCGGUCAGUGCUCGCCAUGUCGCGAGGGUACCGGCUGGCUGUGGGACAUCACCGAGCGUCUGGUCACAGGUGAUGCCAAGCUCGACGAGAUAGACAUGCUUGAGGAGAUCUCCCGUCAGAUCGAAGGUCACACCAUCUGUGCCCUGGGUGACGCUGCGGCGUGGCCAGUGCAAGGACUGAUCCGUCACUUCCGUCCAGAGAUUGAGCAGCGCAUCCAGCAGUACCAGGACACCAAGAAGCAGUCCCCAUUC